AUGAGGGCCGCCGCCAUCUUUAUUAGCUGCUUCGUGGCUGCCUCUCUGGGCAUUCCCACAGGCCAUGAUGUCAUUCACGAGAAGCGUGACUUUGAUGCCGUGACCAGCCAGGUCACAAAGCGCGCUGCUGCCGACACGUUGGUUCCGGUCCGUAUUGCCUUGAAGCAGCGAAAUCUGGACAAGGGCAUGGAGUACCUCAUGGACGUUUCUGAUCCAUCGUCUAAAAACUACGGAAGCCAUUACACCCAGGACAAGGUCGUUGACCUCUUCUCUCCUGCCCCGGAAUCGAUUGAAACUGUCAAGAGGUGGCUGGUUGAUAGAGGAGUACCUGAAAACCAGAUCAAGUCUCCCAAGAGCAAAGGCUGGCUGGACUUUGAGACUACGGUUGGCCAGCUCGAGGACAUUCUCAAGACCAACUACCACCUUUAUGAGAACAAGAAAACCAGGAGCGAGCACCUGGGAGCCGAUUCGUAUUCUCUUCCCAGCGAAGUCUCUCAGCAUGUAGACUUUAUUACGCCCGGUGUCGUUCCGAUCAAGGUGAAAUCAGCUCGAGCUGCCCCCGGCCAACCUCGAAAGAUUCCCUUUACUCCAUUUCCUCCCGGCCUCACAGUCAACAGCCAGGACGCAUCCAACUGCCCUACUCAAAUAACCCCCGCGUGCAUCAAGGCCCUCUACAACAUCACCGACUCCACGACGGCCGUCAAGGGCAACCAGCUAGGCAUGUUUGAGAGCGACAACGAGAUGCACAAGCAGUCAGAUCUGGACCAGUUCUACAGGCUAUACGCCUCCAAGAUCCCCAAGGGCACGGGGCCCAAGAUUGACCUCAUUGACUGGGGCAGCACCAAGCCAGACCCGAACCAGGCCGUAGGCGAAGCCGCGCUCGACUUUGACGUCUCCAUCCCCGUCAUCUACCCCCAAGGCACGGAGCUGUACCAGACAAAGUCCAACUUUGACGGGCGCACGCACCUCGGCUUCCUGAACCAGUUCCUCGACGCCGUCGACGGCGCCUACUGCACCUCUGACGGCGGCGACGACCCCGACGUCGACGGCGUGACGGCCAACGAGGCCUGCGGCACCUUUACGCCCGCCAACGUCAUCUCCUUUUCCUACGGGCUGACCGAGAACAUCUGGCCCACCAAGACGCAGCGCCAAUGCGACGAGUUCAUGAAGCUCGGCCUCCAGGGCUCCUCCAUCGUCUUCGCCAGCGGCGACGGCGGCGUCGCAGGCGGCCACGGGGGCGACUGCCUCGGCAGCAACGGCGACAUCUUCAACCCGGCGAGCCCCUCGUCGUGCCCGUACGUGACGUCGGUCGGCGCCACGCUCCUCCCUCCCGGCACCUCCCCCGGCGCCCCCGAGUCCGCCACCGAGCGCUUCGGCUCCGGCGGCGGCUUCAGCAACAUCUGGCCCUCGCCCGACUACCAGAGCGCGGCCGUCGCGUCCUUCUUCGCCUCCAACGACCCCGGCUUCCCGAGCUACAACACGAGCGAGAACAAGAUCCCCACCGACGGGGGCAUUUACAACCGCGCCGGCCGCGGGUUCCCCGACAUUGCGGCCAUUGGCGACUACGGCGUCAUUGUGCUCAACGGCCAGCCGGGCCGGACCGGCGGCACGUCCAUGUCUGCGCCUAUCGUGGCGGCUAUAUUCACCCGUGUGAAUGAGGUGCGUCUCAAGGCGGGCAAGAAGCCGAUUGGCUUUGCGAACCCGGCGCUGUAUAAGAACCCGGCUAUGUUCAAGGACGUGACUCUGGGGAGUCAGUCGGGCGAUGCGGCUUGCAAUGGGAAUGGGUUUUCUGCUGUCCAGGGCUGGGACCCUGUUACUGGGCUGGGGACGCCGGACUUUCCUGCCGUGGUGGAGUAUUUCUCCAACUUGUAG